AAAAUGGCAGCUUUAUCAUGUCGAUUUUAUGAAAAUGAAUUUCCAGAUAUUGAAGAUACUGUUAUGGUUAAAGUCCAAAAAAUUGAAGAUAUGGGUGCUUAUGUAACACUUUCUGAAUAUGAUGGAAAGGAGGGAAUGAUUUUAUUAUCAGAAUUGUCACGUCGAAGAAUCCGUUCAGUCAAUAAAUUAAUUCGUGUUGGAAGAAGUGAAUGUGUUGUUGUUAUUAGAGUGGAUAAAGAUAAAGGUUAUAUUGAUUUGUCCAAAAGACGUGUAUAUUCCAAAGAUUUAAUUCAAUGUGAAGAUCGUUUUGCUAAAGCAAAGGCUGUUAAUAGUAUUUUGAGACAUGUUGCUGAUCAAUUGGGAUAUACAGAAAAUGAAAAGUUGGAAGAAUUGUAUCAAAAGACUGCUUGGCAUUUUGACAGAAAAUUGAAGAAAAAGGCUGCUUCUUUUGAAAUAUUUACCAAAGCUUUAACCGAACCAAAUGUUUUUGAUGAAUGCGGAAUUGAAGAUCCAAUAAAAAAUAAAUUGCUUGAAGAAAUUCGAAAAAAAUUAGCUCCAAAACCUCUAAAAAUCCGAGCAGAUAUUGAAGUCAGUUGCUUUUCUUAUGAGGGAAUUGAAGCGGUUAAAAAGGCUUUAAUUGCUGGUAAAAAAUGUUCAACUGAAGAAUUGGUUAUUAAGAUUAAUUUAAUUGCUGCUCCUCUUUUUGUUGUUACUACACAAACAAUGGAUAGAGAAGGUGGAUUUAAAGCAGUUCAGGAUGCUCUUGAUGCAAUAAAAACAACUAUAGAAUCAUUUGAAGGAAGUUUUAGAAUUAUUAUGGCGCCAAAAGUAUUGACUGAUUUGGAUGAGGAAGAAAUUAAAAAAAGAAUGGAAUUGCUUGAAGAAGGUGAUGAAGAAGGAGGAAGUUCUGAUGAUGAAGGUUUGGUGGCACCUAAAGGUUUGGAUCAAGCAGCUGAUAAAGAAGAGUCUAAUAGGAAAGAGAAGAAACAAAAAAAUGAUAAAAAUGAAGAAAGUGAUGAAGAAGAUGAUGAGUAA